CUUUUUUUUGGGAGAUAGCAGAUAGGUAAGGGUAAGGCAAUCCUUCUUUCUCGUCUUUGCUUUGCUUUCGCUUUUUGUCCUGGGGAAGUUUUCGUAAUCUUUUUGCAAAUUGGAAAAUGGAAUCAACCAUGGUCGUGGCUACUGGAAUUUGUUAUGGAGAUUCAGAGUCAGAUUGCAGUAGUACUGAUGUUGGGAAGGAUAAAUCGAAUUCGAAAUCGAAUUCGGAAUCGGAAACGGAAUCGGAAAGUGAUGAUGAAUGGAAGAAGAAGAAGAAUAAGAAGAAGAAGAAGAGGAAGAAGAAGAAGAAGAAAAAGAAGGGGGUGUUGUUUAGUAGAGAGGAGAGAGUUGAGUUGGGGAGGCUGUUUCAGAGGGCAGUUAGUUGCUACGAUUUGGAAUUGGCGGAGAGCUUGGUUUCGAUGGCGGAUCCACAAUCCCUUAACGAUGCUCUCUGCAUAACUCUGGAUUCAAUCUGGUUCUUGAGAACUCAGCAACAGCUUAUUGGCAUUACUGGAUUGAUCAACAAGAUCAUUGCCAACGGGGCUUGUGACUUCAGCAGGGCCGCCCUCAGGACUUGUUUUCUGGCGUCGUGCGUGUCGGCGUGCCAGAGCCGCUCUAUGAGUCCGGCCGACACCGUCAGUCUAAUGGCGCAGAGGUUGCACGAGCGCCUCCAGGAAUGCAACGGAGAUGAGCUUCUCAAGGCGGAAGCCGGAGCCAAGUUCCACAAGUUCACGGAAUGGGCUCUCAAAUGCAUCCAUUGCCAUUCCCCCAAUUCCCACUCCAAUUCCCCAAAUUCCCAUUUCAGAGACAAAAACGGCAAUCCAGAAGGAGAAGAUACAGAUGGGGUUGGUGGACUUCAUAAUCAGAUACAACUCCAGUUAUCGGCUUUUAAGACCUUCAUAGAUCUUUCUGGUAAUCAACUCACCGGGAAGGACUUCACCGAGGCCUUUGACGCUGCCUGCUUUCCCUUGACUCUCUUCUCGACUUUAUUCGAUCCCAAUUCCGCUGCCGCCAUCCAAGGUCUGCUCGCUAUCUUAGUAGAGGGAGGCGCUGACAAUGUCAACCAGUGUUUCCUUGAAGCUUCUCGUUUCGGGAGUACACACCUUGUUCGCAUUUUGUUACAGAUUGCGCAAAGGAACAGCUUGGACGUGGACGUUGACCUGGCAUUGGGGUUUGCUUCUCACUACUGCAAGAUUGGGACCAUGGAGUGUCUCGUGGAGGAGGGUAAUGCCAUCGCUUUCUUAGGCCCUUUGAUGAGAGCAGCUGAGAGGGGUUGUAUGCAGGUCGUCGACUGGUUUAUGAAAAGGGGUUGCCGAGACAUGGAGCUCUGUCUUGCCCUCACCGCUGCUACUUCUAGUAGCCAAGUUCACGUCGCCGCCUAUCUCCUUCCUCAUGUUCCUCGUCACGUUCUUCAAACCCUAAGCAUCGAGAUUCUCAGGGCUGCCGGCGAACGAAGCGCUGGCUCCUUGGACGGUGUCGCAUUUCUCCUCCGUUCCGACUUCUUAGGUGAUCCUGCAGCUACUUAUGCUGUUGCUGACAUUAUCUCUAGGUCCGAGGAUGGGGCUGUGGCGCCCGAGCUCAAGUCUUUUCUUCAAGAGCAUUGGUCAGAGGCAGCUUUCUUGGAUGGAUUGAGGCAAGGCCAAGAACAUUACAUGAACAUCAUGAGAAUUUUGAAGUGGGGGGGAUCUCCUAUUUCCUUGAGAGAUCUUCCAGCCCCGUUAAGGGUGACGAUUGCUUACCUGCCGCUGUACAGGGAGUGUGUUGAGGCGGGUGGGCCUUUGCUGUCCCAAAGGCUAAGGGGGAAGCUUGUGGAAGCUGUGACAAGACUCGAUGGCGCGGUCUUAAAAGAGGUCGGCCAGAGCAGUGAGCUCCUGGCUGUUUUAGAGCAUCAUCUUCCUCCAUUUUUGCUUCAUCCAUCUAGAGUCGCCUAGCAAGAUUUUUAGAAAUCGAUCAUCUUUUGGAUACUCUGGCUUUUUUUUUUCUUCUUCUUCUUGUUAUUAUUAUUAUUAUUAUUAUUAUGACGAGCCUUUGCGGUUACCACCUGAUAUAUAAUAUGUGUAUACACACGUAUAUGUAAGAGAUAAAUAACAUUGUGGGAGGUGGGUUCGGUUGA